AUGGUUUGUGGUCAACAUUUCCAGAAACUCUACAGCGAUGGAGGAGCACAGGUUACAUCAGUGGCGUUUUUUAUCUUUCUCUUAGCCGGACAUGUGUUCAGCAUCAAAAGCGAGUUUUUCCAACAAAUCCUGGAUAAUACGCCGAUGUUCGCCCUGAUCUCUUUAAAUGAUGAUGAAUCUAAAGCUACAAGUGUAGAACUGCUUCAACUGGCAUCAGUAACGAUCCUGAAACCGAGGAUAUCAAUUUCAACGACGAGCUGCGGUCCAUUACGGCCGCAUGUAAAUAAAAAUUUGAUAUCUUUUAUAGUUAUAGCAAAUGAAGACGUGGAUGAUAUUUUGGAUACUGUCAAAAUCGCGUUCAAAGGUCUCCAUGAAGCUCGCGUAAUAUUUGUUCUCUUAUCUGAAAUCUCAAGUGAAUUGCUGCAGAAGAUAGUCUCGUGGUGUUGGUUUCAUCGAAUGAUAAAUGUUCUGAUAUUAUUGGAAAAACUAUCAAACCAAAGACUUGAUUAUGAAAUAUUUUCAUUUAAUCCUUUUCCAUCACUAACAAUUCAAAAAAUUCCAAACAAUUCUCCUUUUAAAGUUCUCUUUCCGGAAAAGGUCAGCGAUCUAAAAGGAUUCCCUAUUCGUACAGUGCAAAAGUACGAUCAUCCCCGCUCAUUCAAGUACGUCAAUAGUAAAGGACAAGAAAAGAUUGGGGGAUACUUAUGGAAAGCAAUGACCACAUGGAUUUCCCACCACAAUGGAAAACUCGAAAUUUUGUAUAGCAAUACUUCUGAUGUCUUCAACCGGAUGGAAGUGUUGGAAUAUGUGCGUAAAGGUCAAGUUGAUAUGGUCCCGCAUUUUAUAUCUUUAGCCGACAGUGUAAACAUCACAAGCAGUAGUAGUAUCUUCCUGGGGAAAAGUUGUGUUAUUGUUCCACAAAGUUCACAAAUUUCUCCUGGAAUGUAUCUUUUUUUGCCGUUCCAUCUAGAUGUUUGGUAUGUGAUAAUUUUCGCUACAUUUUACAUUUCGCUUGUUGAGUCCAUCUGUGUAUUCAUUGCGCAUGGACAAUUUGACCCAAUGGAUUCGUUUUGUAAUGUCAUCCUUGGAAUAUCAUACCAGGUUUCAAAUCAGAAAAAUUUUAAGUACCGCCCCUACCUCGUUGUUCAUGGCCAACUGAUGAUCUUGGGUUUUAUUUUGACAAAUCUCUAUUUAGCACUUCUAUCAAGUUUUCUCACUACAACCGUCUACGAUGCACAAAUAGAUACAUAUGAGGAUAUUGAUAGAUUUGGUCUAAAACUAAUGAUCGAAGCGGACGCAAUCGACUUCUGGAUGAAUACGAAAAUAUCUUUAAAAUGGAAACAUGUCUUCUAUGGAACAGAUAGAGAAGCAUAUAUGGAAAAUUUGCGCAUCCUCAACUCUAAUUUUGGAUAUUUCCUGACAAUUGAUAAGUUUAUGGUGAUAGACUUUUACCAGAAGCCACUGAAGAGACCUUUGUUCCAUCUAACUAGUAUCGACCCUGGAGGCGGUUGGUCAGGAUUGACUGUUCGAGAUGAUUUGGUGUUUCUAGAUUCUUUCAACCAAUUCAUUACAAGGUCCUUCGACAUAGGCCUUCGUGAGAAAUGGUUGAAAGAUAUUCUUCCGGAGAGCAUUGAGGCUGGUAUAAUAAAACCAAGUUGGACUUAUGGGGAUACUUUCACACCAUUAACCCUGCCGUAUUUACAAGUGAUAUGGGUUUGCUUAUUCUGUGGUUAUGGAGCCGGUUUGCUGUCAUUUUCCAUUGAAUGCACAAUAAGACUGGUAAAAAAUAAAUAA